CCUUCCCCGCUCUCUUAUCAAUAACAGCUCCGACUCCCAAUUUUGGAGAACUUCUUCCCUAUAAGUACAUCUACGUUUCACCAUGUACAGGUUUCAGUUACCUCGUAUGACUUUGACACGACCAUCUCUUGGGACGAUACCUUCGGGACUAGCCAAGCUACCACUUCAUCGACGUUUUACCAGCCCAUUCUCCACGUCAAGGUAUCUCGCUAUGUUGACCACAGAACUCUCCGAAGCCGAAGUAUCGGCAUUGAGGGUCAAUAAGGAGCGACUGGCAAAGGAUCUCCAUCAUUCCUGCCAAUGGGGAUCCGGGAUUAGAUGGGGCGAUGAUCCAACAGACACGGGAAUGCAGCGCCUUGCGCUAUGUGAAGAAGACAAGAGCGUUCGGGAUUGGUUCAUUCAAACUAUGAAGGACCUCAAAUGCGAGAUCACCAUUGAUGAAAUGGGCAACAUUUUCGCCGUGCGUCCGGGUCGACGAAAGGAUGUACCCGCUACAUUUAUCGGCAGUCACCUUGAUACACAGCCCACAGGAGGGCGGUACGAUGGAAUCCUUGGCGUUUUGUCGGGCGUGGAAUCUCUAAAGAGAAUGGAUGAGAUGGGUCUAGAGACCGAGGGAGGAGUUGGAGUGGUGAACUGGACCAACGAAGAGGGCGCGCGGUUCCCGGUGAGCAUGAUCGCAUCGGGAGUCUGGGCUGAAUGCAUCCCGUUGUCAAAAGCGCAUAACCUUAAGGAGGUACCGACUGUUGCCUCACUUCCAACAGCUGCAUCAGCCCCGGAGACGAUGAAGUCUGCUUUGGAGAAGAUCAACUACCUGGGUGAUGUACCAUGUUCUUACAAGACCACACCCAUGGCAGCGCAUUUCGAAUUGCACAUUGAACAGGGUCCUCACCUAGUCUCGGCUGGUCAACGAGUCGGUGUUGUCACAGCAGUUCAAGCUUAUCGCUGGUUCCGAUUGAAGAUUAUCGGGCGAGACACUCAUACUGGUACGACCGCAUUUGAGCAUCGUGCCGAUGCAUUAUAUGCCUUUGCACUGAUGAUGGUACGAGCACGAGAGGUGGCCGCUGCCAAAGGGUGUCUCGCCAGCGUUGGUAUCAUCGAAGUCGCGCCUGGAAGCGUGAACACAGUUCCUGGGCAAGUGAGUUUCAGUUUGGAUAUUCGCGGCCCAGAGACAGCACUAGUUGCGGAGGUUGAGAGGGAGCUGCGUAGCGAUUUCGACAAGAUUGCUGCGACAGAAGGUGCUGGGAUUGGCAAGCCAUGUCGUGUUGAGUGGACGCUCGACUUUGACUCGCCGGCUGUCAAGUUCCACGAGGAUUGCAUCGAUUGUGUCCAGCAGUCGGCUCAUGCUGUUGUUGCAGAUGCUCCUGUUGCUGAUACAAAAGCCCUGGUUCGGCCCAUCAUGAGUGGUGCUGGCCACGACAGCGUGUUUACGUCGAAGAGAGUUCCGACUAGUAUGAUCUUUGUGCCCUGCAAGGAUGGACUCAGUCACCACCCCGAGGAGUUCUCUUCUGCGGACGACUGUGCCACUGGAGCAUCGGUGAUUCUGCAGGCAGUGGUGCGGUAUGAUCGGAAGAGAUUCGCAUGAACAGGUCUUGGAUGUAGUCGAAUACUUACGUAGCGAGCCCAAAUCAUGA